CUAUCCUUGCUGAAAUCAUACUGUAACCUUCAUUGCAGGUGCUGCAGAAAACUGCUUCCUGGAGAAAUGGAUUGGAUACAUCCAAUUACAAUAUUUUUCCUAAUUACUCUUAUAAUUAUGCUGGUUUUUAAAAUGGGCUAUUUCUGGAAUAACAGUUCCCAAAAUCUUCCACCGGGUCCAAAGCCUUUACCAAUCAUUGGAAAUCUCCACAUAAUAGAUCAGGAGAGGCCUCACAGAUCCAUGCUGAAGUUGUCAAAAGUUUAUGGCCCCGUCUUCAGGAUCCAGAUGGGAUUCCAGAAAAUGGUAGUGUUGACUGGGUAUGAAAUGGUGAAAGAGGCUCUGGUGAACCAGGCUGAUGCGUUUGCUGAGAGGCCCAUCAUCCCAUUGUUUGAAGAAUUUGCAAACGGCUUUGGGAUUAUUUUUGCUCAUGGUGAGAAUUGGAAAGUAAUGCGGAGGUUCACCUUAUCCACACUUCGGGACUAUGGAAUGGGCAAAAGAUCCAUAGAGAACAAAAUUGUUGAAGAGUGCAAUGUUCUGACAAAGAAAUUGAAAUCUUAUGAAGGGAAACCAUUUGAGACAACUACAGUCAUGAAUGCAGCUGUUGCCAACAUUAUAGUAUCCAUACUACUUGGCAGGCGAUACGAAUAUGAAGAUCCUACAUUUCAAAGAUUACUGAAAUUAUUUAAUGAAAAUGUCCGGCUUUUUGGAAGCCCUUCAGUCCUGUUCUACAAUAUGUUUCCUGCUCUUGGUUUCCUUUCUGACGGUCGAAAAACUGUCCUUGAUAACAAAAAGGAGCUUUUUGCUUUCAUAGAGGCUACAUUCAUAAAACGCCUCAAAGAGCUGGAUGAAAAUGACCAACGGAGCUUAAUUGAUACCUUUCUUAUCCGGCAGCAAGAGGAGAAGACCAACAAUGUUAAUGAAUAUUUCCAUAAUGAAAAUCUAAAAACUCUUGUGGCUAAUUUAUUUGGUGCUGGCAUGGAGACCUCUUCCACCACCCUGCGCUGGGCCCUUUUGCUCAUGAUGAAGCACCCAGAAGUUCAGCGUAAGGUCCAAGAAGAAAUUGCUGUCACUAUUGGGUCUGCUCAGCCGCGGGCCGAACACCGAAAAAAAAUGCCAUACACAGAUGCAGUAAUUCAUGAAGUUCAAAGAUUUGCUAAUAUUAUCCCAGGCAGCGUGCAACACGCAACCACUAUGAAUGUUAAUCUUAAAGGCUACUUCAUUCCAAAGGGAACCCACAUCAUUGUAUUACUGUCCUCUGUGCUCCACGAUGAUUCUCAGUGGGAAAAACCACUUAGAUUCUAUCCUGAGCAUUUUCUCGAUCCUGAAGGGAACUUUGUUAAGAGAGAUGCCUUCAUGCCUUUCUCUGCAGGUCGGAGGCAGUGUGCCGGCGAGACCCUUGCCAAAAUGGAGCUUUUCCUGUUCUUUACAACUCUUCUGCAGAGAUUCACCUUCCAGCCAGCCCCUGGCACCUCUAGAGAAGAUCUGGACCUCACCCCUGCAGUUGGGUUUACGACACCCCCAAUGCCCUUUGAUGUCUGUGCUCUGCCCCGCUGAGAAGGCUCGAGCGUGCUAUGCAUCCUACACUUAUUCUGCUGUCUUAUUUACCAAGAAAAUUUACUGUACAAACUAUUCUGUGCAACUAGCCCAUUAUUGCUUACACACCUAAACUGUUCAAGAUACCAUUGCACUUUUUUGAAGGUUACACUUUCUCAAGGGAAAAUUCAAUUAACAAGUAUAUAAAGCAGUGGUGGUGAUGGUUGGGAUAUGGAGGGAUGGGUGUGUUGUUUUGUGGUGUCUGCUGUAGAAGGCAUUUAAUUUCCUUGCAAGGCAGUUCAAUGACAAUAAAGCUAUUCUAGUCUAUGCUGAUAGAACAUGCUCACCCUCUUGGCAUCUUCCUGAGCAGCAGCACUGCCUUAAUGCAGGUAUUUUCUGGGAAAUAUCAGUCGAAAAGAAGAUUGUGAAGUAGUUUAGCAGAUCCAAUUCCUUGUACUUAUAUUUGUAAUUCAAUAGGGCUGUGCAAAGCUUUGGAGCUCUGUAAUAAGGAGAUUUUGAUGAUUCUGAAAUACGAAUUACUAAUCAGAAAGGAUCAUUUUGAAGCAUUUACAAAUCAAAACACAAGCAUUCAAAUUUUUCAAAUUUGUAAGAGAUUUGUUAUUUUGAAGGGUUUUUUUUCCAAUUGCUUUACUCCAUCGACCCAUUGCCCAUGAUGG